UCCUAUGGUGGCAGUUAUACGGGCCACUGUGCCUAGAUUGAACUUGGAUGCUGCAUUUGAGCAGAAGAAUGAAAUAGCUAAAGCAGUGGAGGAUGAGCUAGAGAAGGCUAUGUCUGCCUAUGGAUUUGAGAUUGUCCAGACCCUCAUUGUGGAUAUAGAGCCCGAUAUUCAUGUAAAAAGGGCAAUGAAUGAGAUAAAUGCUGCUGCAAGGCUUAGGGUUGCCGCAAAUGAAAAGGCUGAAGCUGAGAAGAUACUGCAGAUCAAGAAAGCUGAGGGGGAAGCGGAAUCAAAAUACCUGUCAGGACUUGGCAUUGCACGUCAGCGCCAAGCGAUUGUGGAUGGGCUAAGAGACAGUGUCCUUGCAUUCUCAGAGAAUGUUCCCGGGACAACAGCAAAAGACAUCAUGGACAUGGUUCUGGUGACUCAAUAUUUCGACACAAUGAAGGAGAUUGGCUCAUCUUCAAAGUCCUCUUCUGUGUUUAUCCCACAUGGUCCAGGUGCUGUGAAAGACAUUUCCUCACAAAUUCGGGAGGGUCUUCUUCAGGCCAGUAGUAUUAAACCUUAGUUUGACGGGGAUUUGUGGUAACUUCAUAUGCUACUUUCUACUUACUUCAAAGCUUGUGGUUUGCCCUAGGAAGAUGAACAUUUAUACCCGACUAUGCCUUUACUUUCCUCAUAUUGUAUAUUCCCAUGGAUUUUAGGAUGUGUAUUUACUCUAGGAAGAUUAGUACUUGACGAAA